AUGGAUCACAUUACCCCCUUCCGCGGCGACGAUGCCGCGUCUGACAUGCCCGAGCUCGAGUCUGUCAGCGACUCCGAGAGUGAAUGGUCAUACCAAGACUGCGAUUGUGAAUGCCCGUCCAAAGGCUCUACGCGCGGCGCUGAAGAUGUAAGCGUACUGGGCUGCGAGGCAAGCUGGCCUCAACACUCGCGUGAAACGGCUACCGCUCUGUCGUCAGACGUCGCGAAUGCGCAGCCGGAGUACGUCUGGUCUGCUCGCAAUCCAACUCCGGCCCUGCGCGAGAUGGGCCACCCGGACACCCUAGGACCUUCGCCUCAAGCUCUCGAAGAGUGGCGCCUCUCCGUCAACCUUGCGCGCAUGCCGGAAGACGCUCAAGCUCAGGACUGUUCAGUCUCAAGCAAUCCGUUCUCGCUCUUUACGACACCCCUCUCGGCGGACCCAGAACCAGGCGUCGUACGAAAGUGGUAUAGGGAAUUGCGCGCGUGGGAGGAACAGCUUGAGAGAGAUACCGACAUCCGACGAGCCCGGCUAUGCGCCCGCGCAUACGCCGGCAUGCACGAGCGUAUGUUGCGCGAAAUCAACCUUGACAUCGACCGAAACUUCCGUCUGCACAAUAAGGACAAGUACAGAUCUAGCGCGGUGCACCGGACGUGCAGUGGCUGUCCCGCGCCGUGCCACGGCGGUGAAAGAGAGAAGGGGAUCGGCGCCGCCAAGGCAAAGUUGUAG